AAAAUAAAAUUGUUUCCUUUGUGAAGAAUUUCCUGGAAACCAAACAGGAUUUUCCCUGAAGAGAGAGAAGCAGAGGAAGGCUGUAAUUAAUAUUCUCCUUUUUUUUAUCUUGUGCAAGAUAGAGAGAUAGAUUUACACAUAUCUUAUCUCCGAAAAACCCACCAACAAAAAGAGAAAGAAAAAUUUUAUUAUAAUUUUUUGGUUUGCUUUGUCCUUUCUCUCUCUCUCUCUUUCUUACUCUUCCUCUCUCAAUCUGUUUUUUCUUUGCUUUGCUUUUCCUACCGGGAAAAAGGUUCCUUUUCGUUCCGCUCCUGACAACCAAGCAGAAACCGAACCCCAAAAAUAAACCUCUCACGUUUUUACUCGUCAGGCUGAACUCCUCCCCAUUUGAUUCUGUCCUCCAUUGUUGAACAAAAAAAAAAAAAGGCUCUGGGCUUCUUUCUUCCUCAAUUCGGAGAGGUUUUGGGUGGGAGGGCUGAGAAAUUUUUACUUUUGGUGAUUACCCUGAAUGAAUUUCGACGAUUGGAUUUCUGGGUAGUAGAGAAAUCUAGUUGAGGAAUAAAGGGUUGAUCGGAAUUUUUUUUUUUGUGGGGUUGAGAUUGAUCGGUGGUGGGUUGGUAGAUUCUAGUCGGACGAUGAAACCGGGGACGGUGGAUUACUGGCGGGACUAUUUCCGAGCAGCGAAUUCAGACAUCUUCGAAAUAAUCGAUCAUGCUAUCAUGGUGGCGGCCACCGAUUGCCCCAAGGAGUUCCGGCAGCGGAGGGAUCGAAUAGCUGAGCGGCUGUUCUCCUGCCGAUUGGCCCAAUGCUCCGGCUGCAACCGCGUGGAGCUGGCGGUGCCGCCGCCGGACGGUGACCAAGCAAUCCCCAAUAAGAUUAGGGACGACGGUGGCGGCAGCAGUGAUGGGAACGGCGGCGAGGAGGAAGAUGAUGACGAAGAGAUUGACAUAUUGGGCGACUUCGAUGAAGAAGAAGGCGGUGGGAGUAAUAAAGAGAGUAAAGUCAAUAGUUGUGCUGAUAAUGGAGAUCAGCUGGUGAGCAAUUACAGCUACGGCGAAGCUGAAGCUUUAACGGAUGAGAUUGAAGAGCAGUCUCAGGUGUUUGCUGAAGUUCAAAGGAUCAAAGCCGUUCUUCUCAAUCACCGAGACGAGGCUGAAUCAACGUUGUUUGAUUCACUGAGGAGGCUUCAAUUGAUGGCUUUGUCUGUAGAUACUCUUAAGGCAACUGAGAUUGGGAAGGCUGUGAAUUCUCUGAGGAAGCACGGAUCGAAGGACAUUCGUCAGCUGGCGCGAACUCUUAUCGAUUUGUGGAAAGACUUGGUGGAUGAGUGGUAUAGUGCUUCAAAGACUACUGGAACUACUACUAUUAGGAAUGAAGGUGGCACUCCUGACUCGAUGAAUCCGUCAGUUGUUGAUGAAGAAGAAGGACUGCCUUCUCCUCCUAUGGAUGAUGGGAUCUUCUUCGCAACUCAAGCUACUGGGAUGGAGCUUGCACAAUUUUUCGACGGAAUGGAUGAUGAUGGAAGUGAGUUGAAUCCUCGGGAAAUGAACAAGAACAGGGGGAAUGGAAGAAGACCACCAUCACAUGAUCCCAGGAGCAUGCCAAAGCCGAGGCCAACGAGUAAUGGUAUGAAGAGCCAAGAAGCAGCAGCCACACUGAAGCAGAACAAGCCCUCCAGCAACAAUUCCGGCCCAGGAAGACCUCCAAGGCAGAACCUUGAGCCAAAGUUGAAUGCUAAUAAUCCGUCGACAUUGCAGAGGAAAACUGAGAAGAUUGUUGCUAGUCAGAGGAAGCCCUUGAGUGGCCAACAACAGCAACAAACCAGAUUGAAGUGCUCGGAUGAAGUUUCAGUCCAGAUGAAACUGGAAGCCACAAAGAGGAGACUCCAGGAGAGUUACCAACAAGUCGAGAAUGCCAAGAGACAGCGGACGAUACAGGUGAUGGAGUUACACGAUCUCCCGAAGCAAGGGGGUGUGGCGGCCAAUCGAAACCCAAACAUGAGACAUGGUGGGAAUGGCAACCGGCAGUGGGCUAAUGGACGACGUUGAGUUUUAGCUCAAAUCACACUAUGUGAUGUAUACUACAUUCCCUUCUAACUUCCUUCCGAACCCGGAAAACUUGGAGUGAAGAAGAAGAAGAUGAACACCAAUAACUCGAGUCGUGCUUCGGCAAAUAAGAGUACAUUCUUGAGGUUGUUGGUUUCCAAACAAAAUGGAGCUCGCGAGCAGCAUGGGUUUUUCAGUCAUCUUGAAACAGUCCUGUGUAUGUUAUCCAGAUUCUGGAGAGGAGCUGCCUGCCUGCCUGCACUCACAAACCUUCAGUCAACAAUGACAAAAGUAACAGAGAGAAACAAUCCUUUUUCACUUUUUCUUUUGGAGGCUCUUUGCUUUUGUUGUUUAACCCAGUCUUUCAUAGCUCACAGAAAAACUGACAGAAACCAUUGGGAGAACAAGUGUAGAUGAUGUAUUUGAAGUUGGAACAAAGGGAAGAGCCCUCUUGAUUCAUGUCUCUUAUUGACCACCAAAUUCAGCAAUUGGCAAUUGUUUGAGAUGCAUCUGUAUCUCAUUAUUAGAGUAGAGUUGGUUCCCAUUUGAUAGACUGGUAAGUGGUAACUAAUAAUAAAAAUGAUGGGGAAAUCUUUGAUAAGGAUUGAUUGACUUUGAGGUAUGAAUGAUGUGCUAUUGUUCAUGGUGCCACUAUCUAAUCCUCAUUACUUUCCACUC